AUGGAGUUACAAGAUCUGCUGCCAACCCCUCACUUCAAAGAAAAUAUCAGGGUUUACAAUUCCAUCUUGGCGUUUACAUCAAUUGGGGCGAAGAUUGAUCAGUCGGUUAUGAAUGGUUACGGGCCAUUUACCUUCCGGAUUCACGGCCAAAAUCACCAUCGCAUAGGCCCACUCCUCCCAAAAGAGGGACAAGCCCCAAAAUUCAACCAACUCUACAUCUAUGAUACAGCCAACGAAAUUCAGAACCGGAUAAGCACUAUGUCAAGAAAAAAGGAGUCUGAAAAACUGGAUGCAAAGAUAGUUGGUGACCUUAUUUCAAUGCUGGAUGCAAAUAAUCAACUAACAAAGGAGUUUAGAAAAGCUAGGGAUAAAUAUGAAGCUGGCGAAAUAGAAGAGCUGUCAAUACGGCUUAUUGGGCAAAAAGAGAAGGGUAGACAAUAUGAUCUUCCCACAGGCGAUGAAAUUGCAGGGCUCAUUGUAGGCAAUUUUGAAUCUUCCACAGGUCACAGAGAUGUCUUAGUACAAUCAAAAACGGAUGGUUUACAGAGGAUAAACACUCUCCACCAACAUUAUAUGGCCCUCCAGUACCCAUUGCUUUUCCCAUAUGGAGAAAGUGGCUUCCACUUGAAUAUUCCAUACAAACCAACAAAUGGGCCUAAAAUUAAGAGAGAAAAUGUUACUAUUCGAGAGUACUAUUCAUACCAAAUCCAGAGUAGGUUGUCUGAAGGGAAAACCCUUAUCCUAGGCGGGAGGCUACUGCACCAAUUUAUCGUAGACGCAUACACCGCUGUUGAAGAAGAGCAACUGAGGUUCAAUAGAAACAACCAAAAAAAAUUAAGAGCCGAUCUCUACAACAACGUCCGCGAUGCAGUAGGAAGAGGAGAUACAGAUUCUAAAACAUUGGGAAAACGAAUCAUACUACCUGCAUCAUUUACAGGAGGACCACGGUACAUGCUCGAGAAUUACCACGACGCAAUGGCAAUUUUCCGAACUUAUGGUAAUCCACACCUAUUCAUUACCAUAACAGCAAAUCCGGCAUGGCCAGAAAUAGAAGAGCAUCUCCAACAGUGUGGAAAUGGAUCAUGUAAUGAUAGACCAGACGUUGCUUCACGUGUGUUCAAAAUGAAACUUAAUGAAAUGAUGAGCGAUUUCAAGAAAGGGCUUUUCUUUGGAGACUUCCGUGCAGGUGUAUACACAAUCGAGUUUCAGAAAAGAGGCCUUCCACAUGCCCACAUCCUCUUGUGGUUGCAAAACUCAAUCCAAAAUCCCUCACCUGAUGUUAUUGACAAGAUAAUAUCAGCAGAACUACCAGAUAAAGAAAGAGAUGCAGAAGGAUAUGAGUUAGUAAAAAAACACAUGAUGCAUGGUCCAUGUGGACUAGAUAGACCACAGUCUCCAUGCAUGGAAAAUGGGAUUUGCAGCAAAAAAUAUCCACGACCUUAUGCCCAAAACACAUCCUGCGACAAAAAUGGGUACAUAGUUUACAGACGCCAAGAAGACCCACUGAACACCGUUCAAAAAAGUGAUACCACUCUUGACAAUAGGUAUGUCAUUCCGCAUAACUUGGAUUUGAUGAAAAAAUACAGAGCACACAUAAAUGUGGAAUGGUGUUGUACUUCUAAAGCUAUUAAAUACCUUUUUAAGUACAUAACGAAAGGCGUUGACAAGGCAACAAUUAUUAUCGAGAAAAAAGGAGCACCUCAGCAAGAAGGAAACACAACUGAAAAAGAAGUCGAGGUAGAUGAGAUAAAGAACUACCAGGAAUGCCGAUAUCUAUCAGCACAUGAGGCUUCAUGGCGGAUCUUUGGUUUUGAAAUCCACGAACAAAGACCAGCUGUUCAAAAGCUAAUAAUACAUUUAGAAGGGCAACAGAAUGUAGUCUUUGAUGAAAGUGAUUCUCCAGAAAAUAUUGAAGCAAGGAUGGCAGGAAGAGGCACAAUGUUCACAGAAUGGAUGGAAGCCAAUAAACACUAUAAGGAAGCACAAGAUAUUACAUACGUCCAGUUUCCGAUCAUGUUUGUCUGGAACACAUCAAACAAGAUAUGGACACUAAGGGAAAGAGGAACAACAAUAGGGAAAAUUGUGAACAUCCACCCAUCAGCAGGAGAUCUGUACUAUUUAAGGCUGAUUCUAAACCAUGUCAAAGGGAAAACAAGCUUCGCGGACAUUUGUACAGUUGGCGACAAAACAUACUCAACAUUUAUGGAAGCAUGUAAUGCGAUGGGUCUGUUAGAUGGAGAUAAAGAAUGCCACGAAGCUAUAGAUGAGGCAUCGGGUUGGGCAAAAAAGGAGAUUCAGCAAUACACACUGGUGGAGCUUCAGAGACUCUUAAUUCAAAGUAACAAAUCACUUGAUGAUUUUCCGGAUAUGCCAAAACCCGAGAAAAACAUAAUGAGCGAGUUAUCAAACUCCUUGCUUGACGAAGAGAGGAAGUACAACAUCAAAGAAGAACUUGUUACGCACAGCACCCUCUUAGAUUCACUAAACUCAGACCAACAAGCAAUUUACACCGCAGUUAUGGAUUCCAUCGAUAACUCUAGAGGGAAACUAUUCUUUCUAUAUGGGCCAGGAGGAACAGGGAAGACACAUGUUUACAGAACUAUAAUCGCCAAGCUACGAUCAACAGAACAAAUUGUCCUCCCCGUAGUAUCUUCAGGAAUUGCUGCGACACUAUUACCAGGUGGUAGAACAGCGCACUCUCGGUUUAAGAUCCCAAUAGAUUUACACGAGGAGUCAAUGUGUGACAUAAAACCAAGAACAAUGCUGGCAGAGCUUAUUGAGCGUACAAAGCUUAUCAUUUGGGAUGAAGCUCCUAUGGCACACCGACACACAUUUGAGGCAGUAGAUUGA